GAAGCAAAACUACUACAUUUCCCAGAAUCCCAUUCGCUGUUGCUCCGCGAGGUCAGGGGAGUCGUCAGCACACACGAGGAUUCAUUCCGAGUGCUUAGUCAAACCUCCCUGUUCUCUCGCCCCUCCGCUGAGAGACACCGGCUGUUUGAUUUCAACCAAACGGGGGGAAGGCCACAGUCCACUAACAGAAAGUUUUAACGACGCACGGGGUGACCUUAACAGCGGCUAAGGCCGGACACGAAAGUGAUCAGGUCCGUGGCUUUAAAGCGCGUGUGUGUGGAGCAGCUGUGUGGCGAUGGACGCGAUAGACACUGCCCCUGAUUCCUGGGAUCAGGAGGACGAUGGCGAGGCCCAGGUCGACGAGCAACUUUCCAAGGCUUUUGCUGCCAGCCUAAACGUGGACGCCAAGCCGUUUGUCCCCAACGUGCACGCCGCAGAAUUCAUCCCGGGCUUCCGACUGAAGGGCUCCGCUGAAACGGUGGAGUUAGCGGGUCCUGAUACAGAUGCCAAUGUGGAAGUGUCAGAGCCCGAGGCUCCGCCCAUGGAGAACGGUGAUGCGGAGAUUGCAACAGAUGACACCUGGGAGCAGAAAGGGAGUGAGCCAAGCAAGGCUGAGGCAGAGCCAGGAGGCAGCCCUGGAGGAGACGGGGGUCAGGCUGAAGAAGACUCCCCUCAAGAGGAAGGAAUGGAGGAGGAAGAAGAAGUAGUGCCAACACCUAAAGUAGCCCCCACACAGCCAAAUGCCCCCAAGAAGGAACAUGUUAACGUGGUCUUCAUUGGCCAUGUCGAUGCUGGUAAGUCAACUAUUGGAGGACAAAUCAUGUAUUUAACAGGAAUGGUGGAUAAACGAACUCUGGAGAAGUAUGAGAAAGAAGCCAAGGAGAAGAACAGGGAAACAUGGUACCUCUCUUGGGCCCUUGACACAAACCAGGAGGAAAGAGACAAAGGAAAAACUGUGGAAGUCGGACGUGCGUACUUUGAGACAGAGAAAAGGCACUUUACCAUUCUGGACGCACCAGGCCACAAAAGCUUUGUGCCCAACAUGAUUGGUGGAGCUUCACAGGCUGAUUUGGCAGUGCUGGUAAUCUCUGCAAGGAAAGGAGAGUUUGAAACAGGCUUUGAGAAAGGAGGCCAGACGCGGGAGCAUGCCAUGUUGGCCAAAACUGCUGGAGUGAAGCAUUUGAUUGUACUUGUAAACAAAAUGGAUGAUCCAACAGUGAACUGGAGUUUGGAGAGGUACGAAGAAUGUAAGGAGAAACUUGUUCCAUUUUUGAAGAAAGUUGGGUUCAACCCCAGGAAAGAUGUUAAUUUCAUGCCAUGUUCGGGACUUACUGGGGCCAAUCUAAAGGAGCCAGCGGAGUACUGCCCUUGGUAUAUAGGGUUACCAUUCAUUCCACAUCUGGACAGUUUGCCAAAUUUCAACAGAUCAAGUGAUGGACCAGUCAGGUUACCCAUAGUAGACAAAUAUAAGGACAUGGGCACUGUGGUUUUGGGGAAAUUGGAGUCGGGAUCAAUCAGCAAAGCUCAGCAACUUGUGAUGAUGCCCAACAGGCACACUGUGGAGGUGCUGAGUUUGCUGUCUGACGAUGUUGAAACCGAUGAUGCCGGCCCGGGAGAGAACUUGAAGUUGCGACUCAAAGGCAUUGAAGAAGAGGAGAUCUUGCCAGGCUUCAUCCUCUGUAAUGCUGAGAACAUUUGCCACACUGGGCGCACCUUUGAUGCCCAGAUAGUCAUCAUUGAACACAAGUCAAUCAUCUGCCCAGGUUACAACGCAGUCCUUCAUAUCCACACCUGCAUUGAAGAAGUGCAAAUUACGGGCAGUGUGGUCCAGCUCCAGAUGUUCAUUCUGACACACCCACAGGGAGUGGCUUUCACUCCACUGUAUUUUGUGGAUAAAUACAGCAACUGGCAGGCAGAAGUGGAACAAGAGCUUCUGUACAACCAUUGA